AUGGAUCAACGGCAAAUUCGUAAGAGUUAUCGUUCCCUCAUUAAGCGUGUACAAGAUUCGCGUCUUCAACUCAUUGAACAGGAGAACGAUGGAUUGCAGGAAACUGUUCUUGCUGCGAACAGAUUAUUUGCUUCUGUUCAGGCACCUAAUGAAGCAAGUCUCGAUGCUAUUCUUCUUACACGAACGGUUGAUCUUGCAUCGCUAAAAACAAAACAAUUGAAAAUUGGUAAAACAAAGUUUAAGAUUGAGAAUUAUGUGAGACAAUUGAAAAGAGCCCUAAAUGUCAAUGAAGGUGCAGCGUUAGAAAGUUAUGUUCGUAACGCAGAUGUCUUGGACAGCUGGGCUAAACUCGGUGAAAUGGCAUGGAAAUGUCAGAAACGGGCAUGUCCUGUCGAGUUCAUGACUGGACCUCUUUCAUUCCGGAGGAAAGAACGUCAAAUUGCUAGGCGCACCCGACAACAGCGAGUAGUCACUUCAUUAACUAAACCUAUUAAGUUAAAAGAAAGUGACUUGUCUACCCAAAAGCAAGAGACACCUGGUAUUGUAAUGCAAAUUGCCAAGAUUCUCAAAGAAUAUGAGCCCGUAAGCUUAUUCAAAUUCAUCACAAAUCCGGAAAACUUUUCGCAAACAGUGGAAAAUCUAUUUUGUGUCAGUCACUUAGUUAAAGAAGGAAAGGUUGGAAUUCGUGAGGAUGAAAAUGGUCUUCCCAUACUAGAAACUAGGAUUCCACCUUCUGACGAAACUUUAAGCUCUGGAAAAGUGAAGAAUAUUCAGCUCGUUCUUAAUCUUGACAUGGCUAUUUACGAGGAUAUAAUUGAAACCUUUCAUAUAAAGAAAAGUCUAAUUCCAACUCGGCCACCUCCUAAAGAGUUGGAGGAAAACUCUACGUCUUGGUAUGGCUAA